UUAAAGUUAGGUCUGAGCAGCGGGAGAGUAAUCUCACUUCAAGUCUGAAAAGUCUGAAGAAAAUUUGAUCUCGUUUUCUAAACAAAUACGGAGAGAGAUCGCAAGUGCAAUUAAUCAGUUUCAAUCAGCAAAAUGUUUAAACAAGCAAUGAGCUUGUUUAUGUCAGAUCAUUGCUAUGACAAAUUUUUCUUGGACUUUGACUUUUUUAACGCACCAUGCCUAACUGCACUCAUCAGCAAACUACUUGGUUAUUCAAUUGUUGCCGGGGCAAUGAUGGUAAAGGUUCCUCAAAUUAUAAAAAUAAUAAGCGCCAAAAGUGCUGUUGGUGUCAGUUUUACUUCAUUGUUAUUGGAAAUCUACGCAGUCACAACUUUCUUUGCUUACAGUCUAGCAAAAGAUUUCCCGUUCAGUACUUGGGGCGAUGCAUUUUUCUUGAUGUUGCAAAAUGUGUUCAUUGGAGCUAUGAUCCAGCAUUAUAAAGGCAAAACUGGUACAGGCGGUGCAUUUGUUGUGUUGUAUUCAACCAUAGUAUAUAUUCUAAUCUCUGGUUUCACACCUUUGUCUGUGUUAUCUGCACUUCAAGCAAGUCAAAUGCCAGCUGUGGUUAUAUCUAAGCUAAUUCAAGCCUUGGAUAAUUACAAGAACGGUAGUACUGGCCAACUAUCAGCAAUCACUGUGUUUCUAAUGUUCAUUGGUUCACUUGCUCGUAUUUUCACAUCCAUUCAGGAGACUGGGGACAAUUUGGUUGUUUUAAACUACAUCGUGUCUUCUACGUCUAAUGGUGUCAUUGCGUUCCAGAUUCUUUGGUACUGGAACGCCAAUGUUGCCACUAAGAAAAAAACCUAUGUUGCCACCAAGAAAAAGGCACAUUAAAAAUAAUUUUAAACACAAUUAAGAUCAGAAUUAGUAUUUAUUCAAAUGAGGGUUGAAUUUAAAAAGGUACAUACACUGCAAGUCUAUAUAUUAAAGCCUGGCUUAUAUAAUAAUUAUUGUACAACUUGUAUGCCAUUACGUACAUAGGCUAUUUUAACAGUUGCUUUUGUAUUUAGCUUGGGCUAAUUAACUGCAGUUUGCUUAUAUAAGUUUAGUAUACAGUCAAGCACAUUAAACAGUAGAUUCGAGGAGUCAGUAUAUUUAGUAAAAUUGAGAUUAAACCUCUUUGUUUCUGAAUUGCGUUUUUCAUGUAAAUGUUCAAAUAUGAAAAUAAAUCAAAUCUACGCAGAAA